GUCUGUUUUACCUGUAUUGUAUAAAAUUUUAGGGAGAGAUUUUAAAUCGCUAGUUUAAAAAAUUUGCUGCUCGUAACAGAUCGGAUGACCGGAGCGUAACGUCAGUCCGUGAUGUUAGCUUGCACCGUUAGCAUGCGAGGCUACUUAACGGCAACUAGACUCUGUGUAACGACAGUGUUUUCCGGGCGAGCCUUUCGGGUCAGAGCUGCUCUUAAUGAAGGUGGAAUUACGACGGACGAUAGUAUAAAACGAGUAAGCGGCGACCCCCCACUGACUGACACCCUGCGAUUCCUGUGGUUCCCCCGCAUCCAACUUCAGUGCGCCAGGGUUCUGUCGGUGGUUUGGACUCUCAUUGGACGCUUUAUUAAGUGGCCAUUUGGUAUGGCGCAGCGUCCCCCUGGGGCUGUACCUAACCCACAAGAUGGAGGCGUUUCUCUGGAGCCCUUCAUACACCAGGUGGGGGGUCACACCAGCAUGAUGCGGUACGAUGACCACACCGUGUGUAAGCCUCUGAUCAGCAGAGAGCAGCACUUCUAUGAGUCUCUGCCUCCUGAGAUGAAGGAGUUCACUCCCGAGUAUAAAGGCGUGGUCCUGGUGUGCUUCGAAGGCGACUCCGACGACUGCAUCAACUGGGUGGCGUACCCCUAUGUGGACAACAUGGAGGACGUGACGGGGGAGCUGGAGGAGCAGGUCGAGGAGAGGGAGGAGCGGGCCGAGCAGAGGGAGGAGCAGAAGGAGGAGCGGGCCGAGCAGAGGGAGGAGCAGAGUUCUGUGAAACAGAGUCCCCGGCUGGACCCAAAGGUCCGCUCGGACGUCCUGUUCCAGAUGCUGGACUCGAACAGCGGCGCGGCCUCGGAGAAGAUCAGCCUCAACCCCUGGAGCCUGGUGUGCCACAAGCAGCAGCUCAACCGCAUGAGAUCCGAGUCCAAGGACCGCAAGCCCUUCAAGGGCCUGCUGCUGGAGAACAUCGUCCACCCCUUCUCCUUCCCCUGCAUCCUGGACCUGAAGAUGGGAACCCGGCAGCACGGCGACGAUGCCUCGGAGGAGAAGGCGGCCCGGCAGAUAAAAAAAUGCGAACAGACCACUUCGGCGAAGCUGGGCGUCAGACUGUGUGGCAUGCAGGUGUACCAGCCGACCACCGGCGUCUUCCUCUACAGGGACAAGUUCUACGGGCGCGGCCUAUCGGUCGAAGGCUUCCGCCAGGCGCUCUCCCAGUUCCUGGACAGCGGGAAGGGCCUGAGGCGGGAUGUCUUUGAGCCGAUCCUGAAAAAGCUCUGCAGCCUGAAGGUGGUGCUAGAGAGGCAGGAGUCCUACCGCUUCUACUCUUCCUCGCUGCUCAUCAUCUACGAGGGAAAGGAGUCUGAAGCCGCCCCGCCGCCCGGCCCUGGGCAGAGCGCCGCCCCUGCAGACAUCCACGCUGCUCCCUUGGACCUGGAGCCUCUGUCCUCUCAGGGACCCGGACAUUCGGCGCCAGACGCCCCCCCCCCUCCCUUCCCGCCCAGCGUGACAGACUGCUGCCCCUUUGUGCCCUGCCCCCCAUCAAAAUGUCCCUCCCCGCUGCCGCUGCCUCAGCAGCUCCCUCUGGUGGACAUGCGCAUGAUUGACUUUGCCCACUCCACCUUCAGGGGUUUCCUCGACGAUAAGGUCCUGCACAAAGGCCCGGACCAGGGCUACCUGUUUGGACUGGAGAACUUCAUUCAUAUUAUAAAGGACUUUCGAGAUGAGAACCUGCCGUAGCUCCAGAGGCAGGAGGUUCUGGAGCUACGGCAGGUUCUGUUCUGUUCUGUUCAAUAAACCACCAAAAAACGUCCUCCCACUCUAGAGACUUAUCGGUCUUUAAGCAAACACACACACACACACCUCUUACUGUGAGUCCAUUCAGGUCAGACUGCACCGAGGAGACGGGACGGCGCCGCCAAAAUGGCCGCACACCAAACUAUGACCUCCGUGGUUUAAAGUUUUCCCUCACCAUCACACAUCAAUGCCUAACCACAGAGCGGCGGUGACAUCACAGCAGGUGGCCCACCGCCGUCCUGAGGGGAUUUUAACUGCUUUAAUCCAGAACGGUGCCAGUUCUGAUACAAAGUUAGAAACAGCAGCUGAAACUACAGAGAAAGGUUUUAAUUGUGCAUAAAUGUAAAAAAAGCUGCGACUGCAACCAGCCGGCUGGCAGAAGAAGGGAACCGGUGUGGCCACUAGGGGGAGUGUUUUUCUAGAUUAAAGCGUCUUUAAGGGAAACUCAAAAUUCAGAGGAUUUUUCUCGUCCUGUCGGUCGGACUCAACCACAUCCUGGGAACAUUGUGAUUGGACGAAACGUCCACUGACCGACCAAUCAGCUCCUCCUCCUGGUUCUCAGAAACCAAAACCCACAACAGCAAAUAGGGGCCAAAAAGAACUAAAUAUCCACUGAAAAACUCAGACAUUAACAGAGUAAUUUCAGAAGUUUUCUAGAAAAAACAAGGACAUUUCUGAUCUCCAAAAGUCUAAAAUGUGCAAGAAAGAAAAAUCUUAAUUUUUUCUAGAAAACAUUGUGGAAAAUUUUCCAUUUUCUCCAAACCAAAUUUGCAAAAAUGUUUACUUUUGAAACUCCAAAUUUCCAAAAGAAAUUGCCAUUUGAAAUUUAGUUUUUUUCUAGAUCAUUUCUGAUAUUAAUCUCAAAAGUUUUUGUUUUGUUUUUUGGCAGGAAUCUACUCGUUUCUUUUUUCUAACCAUAUCGGCCCCAAUACGCCGCGGUAGAACCCGUAUAACCUCGGAAAUGAAAGAAGAA